AAAAUGCAAGCGGGAGUGCUGUCCUUGGCGCGCAACGAAAUUUCAUCACCGAAUAAGGUGUAUGUAGGCUAUUGAGUACAUUUUAAACCAACUUUUACCAUUUAACCACUCGCAAACUCCAAGAAGAAUGAGUUCUUUCCCAGGUCGAAUGAAGGAGUACCCGACCAUUUCCCUAGAUAGAUUUGACAGGGAAAACCUCCAUGCCAGAGCUUACUUUCUCUCACAUUGCCACAAAGACCACAUGAAAGGACUGAAGGGACCCUUGUUAAAAAGAAAGCUCAAGUUCAGUUUGACAGUCAAGCUGUACUGUUCCUACGUGACCAAAGAACUGUUACUGACCAAUCCAAAAUAUGCCUUCUGGGAAGGCCACAUUGUUGCACUUGAACUGGACAGUCCAACCCACAUAUCACUGAUAGAUGAGACAACAGGAGAGUCAGAAGAUGUUGUUGUCACUCUGCUGCCAGCGGGACACUGUCCAGGAUCAGUCAUGUUCCUGUUUGAGGGGGCCCAGGGGACAGUGCUGUACACAGGGGACUUCAGGCUGGCCUCAGGUGACAUCUCCAGGAUGGAGUUCCUGCACUCUGGUGACAGGGUGAAAGACAUAAAGAGUGUUUAUCUGGACACUACUUUCUUCGACCCAAAGUUUUACCAGAUACCAAGCAGAGAGGCGUGUUUUAAUGGCGUGAAGGAGCUGGUGGAGGAGUGGACCAGUCUCAGCCCCUACCAUGUGGUGUGGCUCAACUGCAAGGCAGCGUACGGAUAUGAAUACCUCUUCACAAACCUCAGCCAGGAGUUUGGCUGUCAGAUCCACGUCAACAGCCUGGACAUGUUCCAGAAGAUGCCGGAGAUCUUGUGCCAUGUGACCACAGACCGGGCCACCCAGAUCCACGCAUGCAGGCAUCCAAGGGAUGAAGAGUUCUUCAGGAAUAACCGGCUGCCCUGUGGGAGCGUGUCUAAGGACGGCAGACCCCUGCGCAUCAUCAGCAUUAAACCCUCCACCAUGUGGUUUGGAGAGAGGACCAGGAAGACCAACGUCAUAGUCAGGAUGGGCGAAAGUUCGUACCGAGCUUGUUUUUCCUUCCACUCCUCUUACUCAGAAAUCAAAGACUUCCUGACCCACAUUUGUCCCGUGAAUGUUUAUCCAAAUGUCAUACCGAUGGGCCGCACCUUUGAGGACGUAACAGAGUUGCUUAAGCCAUUUGGCAGAGAGCAUUCUGGGAUGGCAGAGGUCGUCUACAAGCCACUUGGCAUCCUAAAGAGGACCAGAGAGGAAUGCUGCUCAAGAGUUUCUGACAGCGACGACGAGUUGUUUGAGGAGGUUGCCAUGGUGCCAAGACGGAAGAAACUUCUUACCAAUAGCGUCAGCACAGAGGCGGGGCCUAAGCAGCAUAAGGAGAUGCCAUCGGCUCCUGUUGGCCUGAGGGACUUCCUGCCUAGGCCACACCCCCUAACUACUGUCCAAUCAGCAGCCAGCUAUGUAGACUGCACAGAAUCCAACGAUGAUGAUGAUGACGACGACGACGACGACGAUACUACUGAUGAGAAAGAAGGUGGCAAAGGUGAAUCAGUUAUACAGACAGUAAAACUGGAAAGUGUUAGUAAUAGAGGAAACAUUGCGCAGACUCUGACAAAUGAGGAAGGCAAUAGUAAUGGAGAAAAUGUUGUCCGGCCUGUAAAACAAAAAGACAAUGCUAAAGAAAGGUCUGGUGAAGAAGUCAACAUUCUGAAGCAGGAAGAAGAGUGUGGUGGUAGUGGGGAAAACAUGGUCCAGACUCUCAAGCAGGAAGCUGCCGGUAGCCAAUCAUCUGGUGACUCACCACCAGCCUCUGUUUUGGUGACCUCCAGUUCCUGCCCCCCUCCCCAAUGGGAGGCCUUCUUCAAGCCCCCCUCGCUGCCCACGGACGAAAGCUCCGAACCCAGCAACAGUCAGAACAGCCUGGGCCGCUCCAGCGCAGAACACAUGGCAGGCUCGCAGUCCCCGGAACAGCUGGAGAGCAACAGCCAUGAAAACAGCCUGACCCGGUCCAGUGACCCCAUGUGCGGCUCCCAAUCUCCACAACUAGACCACAGUCAGAAGAUUAAACACCUCAUCCAAUCCAGUGACCACCAUCAACACCGUCAUGCGUUUGGGUCACAGUCCCCAGAGCUCUACACGGAUGACGAUGACGAGCAUGGUGGUGACAACAACGGGGGGGAUGAGUGCGCGUCUCUGCGCUUGUCCUCCUCCCAGUCCACCCACGUCUCCAUCUCCGACUCUGACAUCUCUCAGAUGGACACCGUGCUCCUGAGGCCAGACGACAACGAGGGGUCAAAGGUCAGAGAGGAGAACAGGCCUGGUAGUCACGGCAACGCUGAAGCGUCAUCAGCACCAUCAGCAGUCGCAGACGGAGUUGAGCCAGUGGACCAAGCAGAUGUGGAGGCUGUCCCGGAGACCGAGGAUGCUGUGAUGAAUGACAGUCAGAACAGCCAGUCAGAUGCCACAGACAUCGGAGAGCUGAGAAGUGAUUCGCAGGAGGUGGCUCUGGAGGAACCAAAGGAUGCGGUGAUGAACAGUCAGAACAGCCAAUCGGACGUGGCGGACAUGGCAGAGCUGCGACCUGAUUCGCAGGAGUCGUCGGACUUUGAGCUGCCGGCCACCCCGGGCUCGGUGGCGCCGUGUGCAGAGGAGCUGAGGGUGCUGUACAGGAAACUGGCAGCAGGAGAGGAGCUGUUCCUCAGAGGCAGCCAGGGACCAGUCUGAGACUGGAGACACACACACACAAAGACACAUAGGGCUGCACAAUUAAUCGAAAAAUAAUCAAAAUCGUGAUUAAAUAGUGAAAUCGAACUCAUGAUUUUAAUCGUGAUUUAAUCGUGGCACUGGUGACCUACUUUUGAGAGCAUACUUGAAGUCAGAACAUACUGACAGGCUGGUGUUUCUGGCCAGAAAUCUGUCCACUGAAGUUACAUGCUAUUGCCUUUACAUAAUUAUUACAAUUCAUUUUGCUCAUCCCGUAUGUAAUUCAUUCUUGGUUAUAUUUCAUGUUAUCAUUUUCAAAGAAAUCUGCAAAAAUCAAUAAUCGUGAUUAAUAAUCGUGAUUAUGAUUUUGACCAAAAUAAUCGUGAUUAUGAUUUUUUCCAUAAUCGUGCAGCCCUACACACACACACAC